UCUUAUCCGUCAUUCGGGCGCAGACCCCAUCAUCCUCCGAACAACAGGAAGCAGAAUUCCAGGAUAGACGGGAAAGGACAGUCAGGAGAAAAGAUGGUGAAACAGGCUGCUCGCGUCCACGCUGGGAUGCUGUUUCUGGCUGUCUUCCUUCAGAUGGAGGCUGCCGCUUCUGCUGCAGGCAUGGCGAAAGCUGAAGGAGCCCAGGAUGGUGGCAGCAACAGGGACACCAUCAGCCAUUCCUUGGUCCUGGUGCAGCGUCUGGAGGCCCUCCUGAUUCAGGGCAAUGGAAGCGACGUGUCACUGCGGGUGGAGACACCCAAUGCGGACGAGGUGAAGGUGAUCCAGGCCCACGCCCUGGUGCUCUCCCUGCAGAGUCCUGUAUUUGAGGAGAUCCUGCUGAGCCGCAACAGCAGCACGCUGGUCCUGAGAGAGAGCUCCAACUGUGCCUCUGUGUUUGACAAGUUUAUCAGGUAUCUGUACUGUGGGGAGCUUUCUCUGCGUCUGGACCAGGCCACUCCUCUACACAAGCUGGCCACUAAGUAUCAGGUGCUGAGUCUCCAGCAGGGCAUCACCCAGUACAUGACCCAGAAUCUGGCCAGGGACACCCCGUCAGGCCAUGUGGCAGGCUGGUACGAGUACGCCCUGCAGGCCGGGGAUGUGACUCUGAGGGACAGCUGUCUUCAGUACAUGGCCUGGAACCUGUCGUCUCUGCUGCAGAGCGGCGAGUGGGUGACCAUCAGCAGUCAGCUGCUUAUGUCCCUGCUGCAGCGUUCAGACCUCAUCCUGCAGAGCGAGAUGGAGCUCUUCUCAGCCCUGGAGGCGUGGAUUAUCCAGAACGAUCCGGACGGUUUGACGGCUGAGAACGCUUUGAGAGCUGUGCGCUACGCCAUGAUCCCCCCACGGGAGCUUUUCCUCCUCCAAACCCAGUCCACAAUCCUGGCUCGCUAUCAGGAGUCGGUGCGCGACCUGCUCUACAUGUCCUACCAGUUUCACUCGGCCUCGCCGCUGCAGAUGGCCAAAUACUUUGACGUGAACUGCAGCCUCUUUGUGCCCAGGAACUACCUGUCCCCAGUGUGGGGGUCCCCCUGGAUCAUCAACAACCCAACACGGGACGACCGCAGCAUGAGUUUCCAGACCCAGCUGGGGCCCAGCAACCAUGACGCCAACAAACGCGUGACUUGGAACGUCCUGUUCUCCCCGCGCUGGUUGCCCCUGAGCAUGAGGCCCAUGUACACCGAGACGGGCGCCAUGCAGCCGACUCGCGUAGAAGGCGGGCGUCCUCGCAUCAUCAUCACGCCUGCCACAUCCAGCACCGACUUUGCUGGAGUCAGCUUCCAGAAGACGGUGCUGGUGAUGGCUCAGCAGCAGGGGAAGGUGGUGGUGAAGCACGUCUACAACUUCCACCAGAGCACAGAGGAAAACGGCGAUUUCUUGGCCGAAGCUGACCUGUACCGCCGGACGUCUGAAUAUCUCAUGGACAGCUCCCUGUUCCUCCAUAUUGUUGUGAAGCCACUGUACCAAACCCUCAUAAGCACCAAGAAUUAAGUCUCUUCACCUCACUCCAACCCUCACUCAUAUCCUAUCAUGGAGACGUGGACCUGAGUCAUUUGAGUCACUGAACAACUAAAAAACAAAGAUCCUGAUUCAGGACUGCCUGAGAGCAUUUUGUGAGGGUAAAAUCAUAAUGGAAAGAUGGUGAUAGUCUGUAUUCGUCUUGUCCAAGUGCUGAAAAAAACUCACUAGAGGACCAAACAGAAAUUUAUCUGCCACUGAAAACAGUCCCCAAGAAAUGCACCAUUUCAUCCAGGCUGAAUAGUGUUUAAUAAAAACACUGCAUCCAACUAUCUGAGAAAAUUACUGCACCAUAAAAACCUUGGGUAUUAAAGUUUAAAGUGAUGAAUGGGCUAUAAUUUUGGUCUUUUUAUGGGAUUUAUUGGCACUCAGGAAAAUGCAGAACACCACCAGCUUCGUCCUUUAUUCUUGAGGUUGUUCCUUUGUCAUACACUGAUUUGAUAUUGGUGCUAUUAUACCCCAUUUACACGUAAAGGGGUCACAGUUGAUAUUCACCGGCCGGUGUGCACUGAUCUAAAGCUUUGCUAAAUAAAAUUAUACCCUGAUGCUAAUGUCUGCUGAUGGAUUUUUAUUCGCUGUUUUUGUUUUUGUGAUUAUAUUUUGUGUUGUUGUGAAAUAUGGUUGAAAAAUUGUAGAUGACUCAAUUUUUUAAAUCAGUAAAUUGUUAAUUCAGUGCUUACUGGAAAGUAAAUAGAUUUUUUAAACAUUUUUCUUCUACUUGUAUGUUAUAACUUAUUUAGAAACCCAACCUGUACUCCUUCUCACCGAUGUCGCAGCACCUCGUUAGUGAAUCUAUUAAUGUGAUCGAUGCUGUUACUUACAUCCACUGCUGCAUUAAUCAGUGUCACCUGGUAAUAAAGAUUGUUUCCUAAGUUUUAAAAACUAAACUGAAUAUUGUCCUGAUUGUCAUCCGGCUUAUGUUUUGUCACCAAAUGCAAAAAAUUAUUUUGUGGCAAAUGUCAGUUUAUUAAUUGUUUUUUUUUACUUUAUCAAAUUUAUUUCUCAGAUAUAAAAAAAAACAUGUAAGUAAGAAGAACCAACAUAUUCUUUUGCUUACGUUUAAAAUUUUAAAUCAUUUGGCUCCCAGCUAUCUAUGCAAACUCCUUCAUUUGUAUAUCCCUAAUAAGUCACUUAGAUCUUCCAAUCAAACUCCUGACGCAACUGAGGUCUCGUUUGAAGUCCAGAGGUGAUCGGGCCUUUGCUGUCGUAGCUCCCAGACUCCUUAACUCCAAACUUAUUAUUUUAGUCUGGCUUUUGAUUCAAACUAGUAUGUUAUUUCGAGGCUAGUUUUUGUUUCAAACAAUUGUCAUAUUGUUUCCUGCCCUCCUUUUAACUGUUUCUUUUUAUUCUGUCUU